AUGAGCGACGAGGGGAGGGCUGCCGCUCACUUGGAGCUCGUCUUCUGCUCGAGCGAGGACGAGCGCUGCCCGGCGACGAACGUGACGCGGCCAAGAGGGGGUCAGCUAACUGUUUGGGAGUCGGAAAAGUUCUGCGAGUUUCCCCAGGAGCUUGUGUUCCGAGUCAACCACGGCCUGCCAACGCGGAUUGAGCAGGUGAAUCUGCUGUCGCACCCGUUUAAAGUAGCGACUCGAGUCGAGAUUUGCACGUCGUCGGCGUCGAGCGAUGGGAUCCACGACGGCAAGACUGGUAUGCGAUUUGAGAGGCUCGGCUUCGUGUGCGUCCUCAGCAAUGAUUCCACAGACGUAGCUGCGUGCGAGCUCCAAGAAGUCCAGCUUCCCCGACCGUGCCCGAAGAUCACCCAUUUACGCUUAGUGUUGCAUUCGUGCCACCAAACACGAAGCAACCUGUUCAGUCAAGUUGGACUAGCGUCGGUGGUAGCGCUAGGUCCUCAGCAGACAAGUGUCGUGUUGCCGAUGAUACCGUCGCCUCGGAAGAACAACACAAUGGAUGCACCGUCGCCUCGACGACGAGCUUACAGUGCGUACGAUACAAAUGUGUCCAAGCCCGUAAAGACUUUCGGAACCAAGUCGCCGCGCGCAGCAGAUAUCUAUAUCAAAGAUACGCAGGAGCAGAAGACCCCCGAGCAAAUUAUUGCUGACAUCCAGAUUGGAAAGCAGUUAGCCCAAUUUGCUGGGGAUGAUACACUGGUCCUGCCGUGGAUUUCGUUGGAGAGGGAAGCGAAUCAACUGACCAGUGUAUUUGAGGAAGCUGCAGCACCAGAUCGUCUGGCGAACUUACCUCAAAUGCAAUCGGAUACCAGAAGUUACACCACAGAGGAUCUCUUCACCUACGUCGACCAAGGAUGA